AUGGCAGAAGGGCUGGAGGUGAUCCUUACCGACUUCCAGUAUUCCCGGAACAGCGCGCGGCACCACACGGAGGAGAUGGGCCCAGGUCGGCUGGUGGUGCGCCGGGGCCAGGCUUUCUCCAUCACGCUGUAUUUCGGGAACCGGGGCUUCCAGCCGGACACGGACCGCCUCGUCUUCAUCGCCGACACGGGUCUGAAGCCCGAGAGCCUCCCGGGGACACGAGCCAUUUUCUACCUGGGGGAGCCGGGCUCCCCGGGGGCCUGGACAGCGGCCGUAGAGGCCGGCAACUCCCGGGCCCUGGAGAUCAGCCUGUGUUCGCCGGCCACGGCAGUGGUGGGUCAGUUCUGCCUGAAGAUCCACAUCGAAUCCAGGGGAGGCCCGGUCACGGCCUACAGACUGGGAACUUUCGUCUUGCUCUUCAACCCGUGGUGUCCAGAGGACGACGUCUACAUGAGCAGCGAGCCGCAGAGACAGGAGUACAUAAUGAAUGACUACGGUUUCAUCUACCAAGGCAAUAAGAACUGGAUCUCUCCCGUUCCAUGGAACUAUGGGCAGUUCGAUGAGGAAAUACUAGACAUCUGCCUGAUGCUGCUAGAUAAGAGUCUGAACUUCCAAAAGAACCCAGCCGAGGAUUUUGCCCUGCGGGGAAACUCGGUCUACGUGAGCAGAGUGGUGUGUGCCAUGAUCAACAGCAACGACGACAGCGGGGUGCUGCAGGGCAACUGGGGCGAGGACUACCGGGACGGCAUCAGCCCAUCCGAGUGGAACGGGAGCGUGGCCAUCUUGAGGCGGUGGCACGCGGCCAAUGGCCAGCCCGUCAAGUACGGCCAGUGCUGGGUCUUUGCCGCCGUCAUGUGCACAGUGAUGCGGUGCUUGGGCAUCCCCACCCGCGUUGUCACCAACUUCGACUCGGGCCACGACACGGACCGAAACCUGAUCAUCGAUGAGUACUACGACCCCAUGGGCCGAAUCCUGGAGGACAGAAAGAAGGAUACUGUGUGGAAUUACCACGUCUGGAAUGAGUGCUGGAUGGCCCGCUGGGACCUCCCCCCUGGCCAUGGGGGCUGGCAGCUCCUGGACGCCACGCCUCAGGAGACUAGCGAUGGCCUGUACUGCUGCGGCCCAGCCUCCAUCAGGGCCAUCAAGGAGGGGGAGGUCCAUCUGCCCUACGAUACCCCCUUCGCCUUCUCCAUGGUGAACGCCGACCGCAUGGCCUGGCUGGUUCACCAGGGCCAGGAGAGGAAGCUUCAUCAGGAUGCCCACUCGGUGGGCAACUUCCUCAGCACCAAGGGCAUCCAGAGUGACGAGAGGGAGGACGUCACCGAGAGCUACAAGUACGGAGAAGGCAGAGUGCUUUCCCGCACCAUUCCCUACCUCCAAUACCGAGGACGCCUGUCUCCGGACAAGCUCAUCCGCCUCAGUGCCCUGGGGGAAGAGAGGAACGGCUCCAAGAAGCUACUGGUCAACAAGAUCAUCACUCUGGCGCUGCCGGGCAUCACGAUCAACGUGCUGGGGCCGGCAGUGGUCAGCCAACCGGUCACUGUCGAAGUGAGGUUUGCCAACCCUCUGGAGGAGCCGGCGGGAGACUGCGUGCUCACCUUGGAGGGCAGCGGCUUGUUCAGAAGGCAGGUCAGAGUCAUGAUUGGGACCCUGGGCCCGCUCCAGGGGGCUAGCAUCAAGGUGCAGAUCGUCCCCUUCAAGAGCGGCCAGAGGCAGAUUCAGGCCAACCUGCGGAGCAACAGAUUUAAGGACGUCAAGGGCUACAGGAGCCUGGAACUCAGCACGUCCACCGUGAGUGGGGACAGAAGGGAUGCAGAGAAAGCCCCGGGUAGUGGAGAAUGGGAAACAACCCAGCCCUGUUCCCAGGUUUCCCCAACGAGCCGGGACCAACGGGUCUCUGGUGACCGGCGGCUGGGUCUCGAGGCCAAUGGCAUCUGUCUGAACCUAGAUCCAGUCGGCUCCCUCCCUUUUUCCAAUAUUCCUGCCGCCAUCCGGCCCAGAAUGCCCGGCCUCCGACUGUGGGUCUGGCCUUCCGGGGGCGAAACGGCCAUGGGGCAAGCCCUGCCCGUGGUGCGCUGCGACCUCCACGCCGCAACGAACAACCGGGAACACCGCACGGAUCGGAUCAGCACCCGCAGGCUCGUGGUCCGGAGAGGCUGGCCCUUCCAAGUCACCCUGACCUUGUCAGCCACGCAACUGCCGUUCUCCCCCAGGAACCCGACUUUCGCCCUCGUGGCCCAGACAGGGGCCCAGGUCGGGAGCAAGGAAGCGGUAUUCCCAGUGUCCGGCCACGUGGACGGGAAGCAGUGGAGUGCAGCCGUGAAGGAGCACGAUGGCCAACGCUGCGUGCUGGCAGUGACCGCGCCGGCCAACGCCCGCGUGGGCCGCUAUUCCCUCCUGCUCCAGGGCUCGAGAAAGACUCGCCGUUUCCUGGGCCAAUUCACGCUGCUCUUUAAUCCCUGGGCCAGAGGGGACGCGGUGUUUCUGGAGGGCGAGGCCCAGCGCGAGGAGUACCUGCUCAACCCAAACGGCCUCAUCUUCCUGGGCACGGAGGGCGGCAGUUGGCCCCAGCCCUGGGAUUUUGGCCAGGACAACCUGGUGGACUUCUGUCUGCUCCUGCUGGACGUGGACGAGGACGGGCGGAGGCGGGGAGACCCGGUGCACGUGAGCUGCCUGCUGGGGGCCAUGCUGAACCUCAUCCGAGAGCGGGGGAUCCCAGCCGAGUCCAGGACAGAAGCCCGGAGGGAAGAGGCGUCGGCGGUCCGGGAGCCGGGCAGCGUGCCCACCCUCCAGGAGUGGGUCGCCCGUCCUCGGGGCCCCGCUCACCGCAGCCCAGACUGGGUGCUCGCCGCCUGCGUCUGCUCGGCUCUGAGGGCCCUGGGCAUCCCUGCGCGGGUGGUCACGGCCUUCGGCUGCGCCCGGGGCCCGGACGGUGGCCGGACCGUGGAGGAAAUCUACGAUGAGGAGGGGCUGGUCGCUUCAGAGGCUUCCAAAAGCACCAUAUGGGUGUCCAGAGUCUGGACGGAGUGCUGGAUGGCUCGCCCCGAUCUGCCGUCAGAGUUUGGAGGAGGGUGGCAGGUACUGGACCCGCUCGCAUCCGAAGGAGGAGGAAAGCAGGACUGGAAAGAUGCUCUGGCCUGCUGUGACUUGACUCCGGUCCAGGCCAUCAAGGAAGGGGCCAUCGCGGUUGCCCCCGGGGUCUCCCGCCUCUUCGCCUCACUGAACGCCACCUGCGAAGUCUGGGUACGUUCCGGGGACGGUUCACGGAGCCGGGCGCACACGAGCGCCAAGUACGUGGGCAACAACAUCAGCACCAAGGGCGUGGAUGGAGAUCGCUGCGAGGACAUCACGCAGAGAUACAAGUAUCCUGAAGGCUCUCCUCAAGAAACAGAGGUCCUAGACAGAGUGUGGCCGGAGCGGUCGGAGCGGGCCGGGGGCGAGAGCUGGGCCGGCCUGUCGGUGUUCCUGCAGGCGCCGAGCUCCCUGCUUCUGGACGAGGGGGCCCGGCUGAAGGUCACCGUGGCCAACAAAAGCGACGCAGAGAGGGCCGUACGGCUGAUUCUCGGGGCCCAGGCGCUCUACUCCACUGGGCGCCUCGGCGCCCAGCUCUGGAGGGAGGAGAUGCAACUGGCCCUCGAAGGCAGACAAGACCAAACCAUCACCACCGGCAUGGAGUUCCAGGAAUCCGGGAAAGCCCUGGAGAACCACUCCUUGCUGAGACUGACGGCGGUGGGGCUGGAUCGGUCUGCCGGCGUCAGCUGCUUCGCCCAAGAAGAUGUCACGGCGUAUAAAGCCCGGGCCACGCUGGAGAUACCGAAAGCCGCGGUCCAGUACCGACCCGUCACCGCGACCAUCAGCAUCCACAACCCCCUGGCCAGCUCCCUGGAGGACUGUGAGGUUUCAGUCGCCGGCAGAGGCCUCGUGCACGGAGAGAGAGUCUACAGCCUGGGGUCCAUCCGGCCACAGGGGCUCCUGCAGAAGCAUAUCCGCCUGACGCCAACCCACUCGGGGGUCCUCAGACUCACGGCCAAGGUCAGCUGCAGCAAGUUCCAGAACCUGGGGGCCUUCCAAAGCGUCAUCGUGGCGGCGGCACAGCCCCCGCCCUAGGACCCCUGCGGCCCCGGAUUCCCGGGAUAUUAAAAUUAAA